CAAUAGUUUUUUAGGACAAGUAAACUCAUCCAGGACUUGACACGAGCAUUUAUUUUUUAUUGAUUAGCCAACAAAAUUAAAGUUAUAUUAAAUAGGAGUGUGCGAGGGGUAUUCCACCUUCCAUCCAUCAUGAACAUGCCUUAGAGUUUUCCCAACAUGCAAAACAAAUAAAUCCAAGCUAAAUCAUGUUACUUGAUCCUGUACUUGUCUUGCUUCUUUCACACCUUCCUUGCAUAGUUGCAUCCAUUCACCGCUCUAGUACAAUCCCAGGGAUUAUGGCACCAAACAUGAAAAGUAGAAGUGCGUCCCUUACCUUUAUUUUUGAACAAGUAUAAAAAUUUCAUAAAUUUUCUUCUACAUACAUUCCAGCUGCCUUUUAAGGCCAUUUUUUUCUACAUAAAAUGCUUGCAACUUGGAUGUUAAACACGUAAUUAUGAGAGACAAAAUUUUUGUAAGGGGCUUCUAAUUUAGUCUCCAAUCAUACCAAAUAGUUCAUAGAUUUAGAGUGCAUAGGAAGAUGAUUAAUUUGUUUUAACCUACAAAUAUAUCCAAUGAUUCCUUUUAACUAAUUCUAAACGCAUGUGGGGUGUUAGGGUGGCUAUAAGGGGUUUUUCUUAGAGGAUUGUUUGUGUUUUUGUGGCCAUUUCUUUUUUGCAUUGUUUUCUCUCUUUUCAUUGGAAAUAACUAUCGUGGUUGAAAGAGAGGUUGAGGAAACUGUGAGUUUUGAUCCUUGAUAGGUUGAGAAAAUGAAGGAAGCGGCAAAGGAGACCCAGGCAACAUUGGUUGGCGAGCGAUGGUGGUUGAAUGGGGUAGAGUGCUCAGUUGGAGUGUGUAAAAAGAUGAGACAAGGGUUUGAAGUUGGCUUGUGUGGGAUAGAGGGGUGUUGGCAUCUUUCUCAAAUCUCCACCACCAUCUAUCUUCAACAUCUCGUCGAAGUUGCACCUUAUGUAUUAUAUCACGAAGUUGUGUUUCUUGUUCCUACUCCCAUGCUAAUAGCCUUGUCCUCCAUCUUAGCCUCCAUCUCCAUGUUUCAUCAAUCCAUUCUCCCAUUUGUUGCAUGGUACCUUGAGUAUCUAUGGAAAGAGAAAAUAACCUAAAAAACAGUCCAUUUAAGCUACAAGACCCUGUCCACACAUCCCUCCAUAAUGAGACCUUUGCACCCUCACCUAUUACUAUCUUGAAACCAAACUUAACCCAAUCCCAUUUCCCCUCAAUCAACUCAUUGAUUUUGC